AUGUCCCUUCCUUUCUUGAGCUUGAGGGCUUCACACUCCUUAGCUUUGCACGCUUCAAUACCUCUGAAUAAGCCCUUGACACCAUCUACUCUCAACACCAUCGAACGUGUCCUUAAACUCAAUCAGAUAAACUCAUCCGAAGAACAGCCACCGAACAGUGCAGUAAAAAGAAAUGCAGCUGUGCUGAUUCCGUUUUGCAAUGUCGACGAGAAACCGGGAAUCUUACUUGAAUUGAGAGCGGGGUCAUUAAGAACUCAUUCCGGAGAGGUGAGCUUUCCGGGUGGCCGUGUAGAUGACACAGAUCCCUCAAUACAAUACGCUGCUCUUCGUGAAACCCAGGAAGAACUAGGAAUUCAUCCAAAUCGGAUUGACAUACUCGGAAGUAUUGGUCCUCCCGAGGUAAAUCUUCGAGGCGACAUGCAUGUCUGGCCCUUUGUGGGUUUCGUCCACGCAGCAUCCAGGACAGAGCUCAAUUCAAAUGAGGAACCCUUCCCAUCACUUGACAUGACUGAGCUUCGCAAACAGGCGUCUCCCUUGGAGGUAGCAACCGUAUUUCACCUUUCUCUAGCUGAACUAGUUUCACCCUCACGACAACGGUCGUCGUUAUUCCGCGAAGAGCGACCAUACUAUGCUUUUGACGUGACGGAUCUCGUUCAGCAAACCGAUGUCGUUUUCCCCACGAUAAAGAGUGAUGUAGAUGAAAUAGGAACUGGAACGGACGGUCGUUUAGAAGUAUGGGGUUUGACAGGAUGGUAUUUAACAAUGUUGAUGCGGAUAUUGGGUUUAGCGACAAAGCAAUGA